AUGGAUGCAGAAGAAACUCCUGCAGAGCCUGAUAGCAUGAAGGAACAGGGCGUUGCUAUACCUCAUUCAGAGCAAGUUGUUGCUCAGUUGAGAUCUUUUGGCUUAGAUGGUGAUCUUUCAGUUUAUCCAUCAAAUUUCUAUGCCCCUCAGGCACACACAAUCUAUCAUAAAGGUUAUGAAAAUUUUCCAGGUGUAUGGGAUGAGUUCCCGCUAUACAGAAACACUGAAGGGCUGAAUACUGAAUCUCCUGGCAUCUAUAACGACGACCCUUCUCUUAUGUCUCAUAAUGGUUAUGGCUACAACCUACAGAUGCCAUAUGGGCCAUAUGGCCCCAUUUCUACACCUUUGCAUCCUGUCGAUGAUACUCCGAUAUAUUCACCUCAGCAAUAUACAUACUCUAGACAACCAUAUUAUCAGCAAGUAGUUUCUCCUACUCUGCCAUAUAUUACUCCAUCUUCUCCAAUUUCACCAGCAGACUCUUUUGUGAAUGUUGACCAACUAGUUGAUGGAAGGCUUCAUGGACCAGGAAUGGGUUAUGCCUCUUCAUUUGGUUCUUCUGGCAGAGGAAAUUACUCUGGAAACCCUGGAGGGUUUGGCUUUCAAGAUAUGUGGCAGGGAUUUGAUGCAAAUAGAACUGGUGGCCUUUGGUCUGAUUGGCCAAAAUCCUCAGAUAGGCAGCGGCCUCUUACUCCGGUGUCGUUGUCAGCAUCUGCACAAUCAAACGGCAGUUUUGGAUCACUUGGGCAAAAUGUUGGAAUGGCUUCACAACAGCCAAGUCCGUUUUAUGGGUUUGGAUCCGGUUCAGAUUCUUGCAAUAAUAGUUGCUAUCUACGUGGACUUAAUCAAGGCUCUAAUAUUGGACACACUGCUUAUAAUUUGGGAACUAACAGUAGGGCCUGGCUUGCUCUAGACAAUGGCAGGUUACGUGGCAGAGGCAACGGUGCUUUAUGCAGUUGUAGUGGUACCGUUGACAUUUUCAAUGAGCAGAAUCGAGGACCAAGAGCAUUGAAAUCAAAGGGCCAGAUUGCCACCGAAAAUUACCUACCAACUGAUGCUAAUGAACAUUUGUCAACUAUGGCCAAGAUGCAUGGAAUGUCUAACUGCCAAGAUUUUGUCAUAGAAUACAAAGAUGCAAAAUUUUUUGUUAUUAAAUCUUACAGUGAAGAUAAUGUCCACAAGAGCAUCAAGUACGGUGUCUGGGCCAGCACUCCGAAUGGAAACCGAAAACUGGAUGUUGCGUACCAUGAAGCAAAGGAGAAGCAGACCAUCUGUCCUGUAUUUCUCUUUUUCUCGGUUAAUGCUAGUGCUCAGUUUUGUGGAGUGGCUGAAAUGGCGGGACCUGUAGAUUUUGAAAAGAGUGUGGACUAUUGGCAGCAAGAUAAAUGGAGCGGGCAGUUUCCUGUCAAGUGGCACAUCAUAAAAGAUGUUCCCAACAGCCAGUUUCGUCACAUUGUGCUUGAGAGUAACGAUAACAAGCCUGUAACCAACAGUCGAGACACACAAGAGGUAAAAUUGGAGCAAGGUAUUGAAAUGUUGAAUAUUUUCAAGAAGUACGAAACCAAUGUGUCAAUCCUUGAUGAUUUCGAUUUCUAUGAAGACCGGCAAAAAGCCAUGCAAGAAAGAAAGGCGAUAGAGCAGACCAGCUUGUUGAACAUUGGGUUGGUCGGAGGAAAUGAAAACAGAAAUUUAGUUGCAUUGCCUGAUGAAAUUAUCAAACAAAUGACGAAAAGUUAUGCACAGAUUGUUAAACUGGACGAUUGCAGUAAAAACAGUUUGGUUGCCGAAAAAUCUGCUCCUGUAUUGGAUGGUUACGCUGAUGCCAGGGUCGAAGCUGAAGGUACUGCUACUACGACUGUGUCAGGUGCUCAGUCGAGCUAG